UCAGAGCUCUGACAUCCACACAGCGACUCUGAAAUCUGCCCAAACUGAAGAAAGGCUUUCAGUGCCGACAUAGGAGAACAGGAGACGUGGAGACAAAGCAGGAGCCAAACGAACCAAAAGAACCGACAGAAGAACUGACAAAAUUGAACAGACAGAAGAGCUCUUCAAGGAACAUCCAAUUGUAUUUUAUUGCAUCCAUCUUUAGCUGUGAUGGUGAACACCGGCAGGCUGGUGCUGAUUUUGGGGGUGCUGCUGUGUUUGGGGGCGCAGCUCUCCCUGUGUCAGCACUGGUCCCACGGCUGGUACCCCGGGGGAAAGAGGGAGCUGGACUCCCUCACCACUGCCGAGGUAUUGGACGAGAUAAAGCUCUGCGAUGGGGGAGAAUGCAGCUACUUGAGACCCCAGCGGAAAAGCCUCUUAAAAAACAUUCUGCUGGACGCCCUCGCCCGGGAGUUCCAGAGGAAGAGGAAGUGACAUCGCCCGGCUGUUCUUCCUUCACAUAGCAACUGUAUCCAGAUGGACAAGUCAGUCUUCCCUGGAACGACUGGGACCAAAUGGAUUGGCAACAGCCUUGCAGUUAAAUCAGUCUCCUAUGACUCGCUCUACUAUUAUUUACUGAAGCAACUUUUAUUUCCUCUUGUAUUAUGCUCCAUUCUUCUCAUGGUCUCAUGGUCUGUUUCCUAAUUUUAUUUGCUCUUAUAUUCUGAUUGCAUUCCUUAUACAUUCUCAGAAUUGUCAGACUCUCUCUCUCUCUUUCUCAGUCUCUCUCUCUCUUUCAUAUUGUCUUUCUGUGAAAACCCUCCUUCAGCUGACACACACUGCAACUCUAUAUUACUGUAACAUGUUGUCAUUCAGUAUUUAAUAAAAGUAUUUAUUUUGUUA